AUGGAGAACUCCUCCGCACAUUUGAGGUCUCAGUUGGAGAAUUACUGGAUCGCAGUGAAAAGUCACAUCCCAUCCUAUUUCAACCAAAAGCAGGGCAAGUUGUAUCCUCGUGUACUUCCCUGUUCAUGACGGUGGAGCGACGACGUUCUGAUGAACACGAAGCCACAGUUCUUCGCCCCCUUACUACCCUCACGUCCAGCGAUAUGCAAACGCUAAUACUACAGACGGAUGUCGGACAUCGUUUUCUCGCACGAUACCGCAUGACGCAGAACAGUAGGGAUCUCGAUCAAUCCGUAACAUACUUCGAACGCGCCUCUAAUUCUCUGCCCUGAUGAAUCAUCCCUACCACCCUGCGACACUGUCCAAUCUAGCUACCGCGAUGUUCGUCAGUUGCCAGGCUAAUGGAACCUACCUCGGCCUUAACAUCCCCAUCUCCCUCUUUGAAGAAGCCCUUAAUAUACGCCCCACUGGUCAUCCGGACCGACCCGUCACCCAGCUCCAUCUUGCAAUUGCUCUGCUGUCUCGCUUUGUGAAACGGGGAUUUCAAGCGGAUGCUGAUGCAGCUGGAGAGUUGUUGAAUGAAGUUCGCGAUGCCUCCCUUGCCGACAGCCACAUAUACAGAGCAGCUCUACUUGCAAUCGAGAUCUCUGCUUUGGCCAGAAGCACUGAUGCAGAUACACCCACGGCGGAGGGGCCCAUUCCAUCCACGCUUCCGUGGUCCCCGAAUGAACUUGCUCGUCGAACAGAGUUGUGUUUUCACACGGAUGAUCCCCAUGCCGUGGAUGAAUUGAUAUCCCUUCAUUAUGAUGCGCUAGGAUACUACAGCACAGCACAUGAUCAGCGAGGGCAAUUGAUGUGCAAUCUGGGUACAUUGCUGUCCACUCGCUUCCAGCGUCGAGGCAAUAGUCAAGACCUCGACGAGGCCGUUGCGCUUCUCAGGCAAGUGCUGGAUUUACAGCCAGUCGGUCACCCAGAUCGGGCUGGGACAUUGUUUAGCCUUGCGACUAAAGUAUACAUCCGCUUCGAGCACCGAGGCAAUGAUUCAGACUUAGAUGAGGCUAUCCCACUUCACAGAGAGGCACUGGCUUUGCUCCCAGUUGGUCACCCAGAUCGGUGCACAUCAUUAGAUAACCUUGUGGCUGGACUCUCUGCCCGCUUCGAGCACCGGGGCAAUGAUCAAGACUUAGAUGAGGCUCUGGUGCUUCAGAGAGAAGCGCUGGCUUUGCGCCCGGUCGGUCACCCAUCUCGGUUUGAGUUAUUGAAUAACCUCGCUACUGUGCUCUCUACCCGCUUCCAGCACCGAGGCAAUGACCAAGACUUGGAUGAGGCUAUCGUCCAUCAGAGGGGAGCACUGGCUUUGUUUCCGGUCGGUCACCCACGUCGCUUCAUGUCAUUCCAUAACCUUGCACAUCAACUCUUCCUCCGCUACCAGCAGCGAGGCAACGACCAAGACUUGGAUGAGGCUAUCCCGCUUCAGAGGAUGGCGCUGGCCUUGCUCCCGGUCGGUCACAUAUUUCAGUCCAGGUUAUUAAAUAACCUUGCAAAUCAACUCUCCACCCGUUUCGAGCACCGAGGCAAUGUCCAAGACUUGGGCGAGGCUCUCCCGCUUCAAAGGGAAGCGCUGGCCUUGCUCCCGGUCGGUCACCCACUUCGGUCCUCGUCAUUAAAUAACCUUGCAAGUCUACUCUCCAUCCACUUCACGCACCGAGGCAAUGUCCAAGACUUGGAUGAGAGUAUCGCGCUUCAGAGGGAAGCGCUGGCUUUGUUCGUGGUCGGUCACCCACUUCGGUCUGGGUCAUUAAAUAACCUCGCAGGUCGACUUUCCACCCGCUUCAAGCACCGAGGCAAUGACCAAGACUUGGAUGAGGCUAUUGUGCUUGACAAGGAAGCGCUGGCUUUGCUCUCGGUGGGUCACCCACACCGGCCCAUAUCAUUGGAUAACCUUGCACAUCACCUUUCCACCCGCUUCGAGCACCGAGGCAAUGACCAAGACUUAGAUGAGGCGAUCCCACUUCACAGGGAAGCGCUAGCUUUGCUCUCGGUCGGCCACUCACGUCGCUCCAUAUCAUUAAAUCACCUUGCAAAUCAACUCUCUACCCGUUUCAAGCACCGAGCCAAUGACCAAGAUUUAGACGAGGCUCUCCUGCUUCAGAGGGAAGCGCUGGCUUUGUGCCCGGUUGGCCAUGCAGAUCGGUGUGGGUUAUUGAAUAACCUUUCAAGUCUGCUCUGCACCCGCUUUGAGCGCCGAGGCAAUGACCAAGACUUGGAUGAGGCUAUCCCACUUCACAGGGAAGCGCUGGCGUUGCGCCCGGUCGGUCACCCAGAUCGGUCUGGGUCAUUGAAUAACCUUGCAGCUCAACUCACCACCCGCUUCGAGCACCGAGGCAAUGACCUAGACUUGGAUGAGGCUAUCGCGCUUCACAGAGAAGCGCUGAGUUUACGGCCGGUUGGUCACCCAGACCGAUGCCAUUCGUUGCGCAACCUUUCCAUUGUACUCUCCACCCGCUUCGAGCACCGAGGCAAUAACAAAGACCUUAACGAGUCAUUAGAAAAUAUCCGCUGUGCAUUGACUCUGUUGACGCAACAUGAUCCCCGUCACUUAAUCGUCCAUUGGUCACUAGCUGACGUCUAUCUGCUGUUCCAUCGAUCAGGACUUGACAGCACUGGCGAACUUCAAGGCGAAGAUACUGAUAGUCUGAAUGCCGCCAUGCGUCAUCUCGAGGCAGCAUCAAAUGUUGUCUCUGGAGGUUUUCUACUUCGCCUGCGUGCAAGUCUAUACUGGCUUCACCAUGCUAAUCAACAUACACAUUGCACGGAACUGGAGGCUUAUGCAACUUCUAUACAACUUUUGGACACUUACAUGUCUGCCACCGCUUCGGUGACAUCUCGCCAUGAUACUAUGAAGGUCUUCCCACGCACGCUUGCGGUUGAUGCCGCAUCAUGUGCUCUUCGUCGUGGUGAUGUGUGCCGCGCUGUAGAGUUGCUGGAACAAGGCAGGACUCUCAUUUGGACCCAGAUGGCACGACUCCACACGCCUCUUGACAGCCUCAAGGAACGUGGCGAUCAUGCAGAAGCUUUGAUGAAGAAAUUCCGAGACCUUAGCUCCCUCCUUGAUAAAUCUGCUGUGAAUCAUCCAGAAGGGACCCCAAGAGUCGACGUAGAAGCAGAAGAUGCCCGCUACAGACAUAUAAUGAAGAACUGGAAUAAAUCCGUGGAAGGUAUUCGGAAGUUCGAGGGGUUUGAUCGCUUCCUACUUCCCCCCUUGUGCUCGGAUCUCCAAGUUGCAGCUCGUGACGGACCUAUCAUCGUGCUCGUUGCAAGCAAGUCGUCUUGCGAUGCCAUCAUUAUCCCGCACGAGCAGCCUCCGAUUAGCAUUCGACUUCCUACCAGUUUAGAAUAUCUCGUGCGAUUGGUGAACGUACUCCGCGAGACAGUUGAAACGGAGGUCGGUCCCAAAGGGACCCAACCAGGGCUGAUAAAAGCUUUGCGGGAUUUGUGGGAGUAUGUAGUCCGCCCUGUCGUUGAAAUCCUGGGUAGAUUUGCACGACGAGGUUCCCGAAUAUGGUGGUGCCAAACUACUAUAUUCAAUUUCUUGCCGUUGCACGCUGCUGGAGAAUACAAGCGCGGUGGAAAGUCCCUUUCGCAGCUAUAUGUUUCUUCAUAUACCCCAUCCCUUACCGCACUGAUCAGAGCUCGCAAACGCAAUGACGGAUUCCCGUCCAUCUCUUUUGCUGCCAUUGGUCAGAACCACCCUCCAGGACAUUCACAUCCUUUGGAAGCUGUCGAGCCUGAGCUGGAAUUAGUGCACAGUCUUCUACCACCUCCCCCAAUAGUUUUCUUCACCAAGGUUACGAGCACUGAAUCGAUAAAAUCGAGAGUCUUGCAUACAUUGCAGGAUAAUCACUGGCUCCAUUUUGCGUGUCACGGGACACAAAAUCUCGAAGAACCCUUCAAGUCGGCCUUUCUCAUGCGUGACCAACCGCUUUCACUCCUCGAUAUCACACAGACAUAUCUGUCUCGGCAUGAAUUCGCAUUCUUGUCCGCCUGUGAGACCGCAGUCGGCGAUUCUACAACACCCGACGAAGUGAUACACCUGGCGGCAGGCCUACAAUUUGUUGGGGUGAAGAGCGUCAUUGGGACAUUAUGGAGGGUAAUGAUGCUACUGUGCGACGCAUGGUGGAAGAAUUCUACAAGAACUUUUGCGGGGAUAGCACAAUGGAUUCAAAAAGAGCUGCCCGAGCACUGCACCGAGCGGUCCAGUCCUUAG